AUGGCUCAACCCAUCGACCCGGUCCGUAUGCGCAUCUUCUCAGAACUCAAUGUCCAAUUGGCCCAGCACGACAUCUCUAAAGAUAUCAUGAACGAGACAGCCAAGCACCUCGCCUUCCUCUCACGCUACUACCUCAACGAUCCCCACAUCAAUCCCCUCACCGUCAGCGUACCCAUCGUCGACGUACCGGUCGUCAGCCCUGAAGGAGGAGUAAGUAUGGCACACAAGAUUGCUUUAGUCGUCCACGAGACCGCCUCGUCGUCUGCACCCGCAUCUGCAUCUGCAUCAGCAUCGUCCAGGCCGCGCAUCCGUGUGCUGAUCCAGACAAUUGGUACCAUGGGUCAUCGGAAAUGCCUAGUCAGUAACUUAUGUGCCAUCGCUGAGCGUGUUAUCGGAGGGUUGUUAGAUGGCGACGAGGAUAUGGUGGGCGCAUGUGAAGUGAGCGGGAAAGGCAAAGAAAGGGGGAAGAAAGUGGGAAACAAGCCUGUGUGGGAUGUCGUGGCUUGGGAAGAUUAUUGUUGA